AUGUCUGAAGGUGCUUGCCUUAACCCGGCCAAAAUAGACGAUCGAGCCUUCGCCAAACUGCACAACGUGUUCAUUCCUUAUCUGACAGACGCCGUCUAUGCCCUUGCACACGCGCUGGACUCUUUACUGAAGUGCAGAGAGCCCGGAGGCGGACCUUUAGCGAGUGGGUACUGUCCUGAGCAAAAUGCCAACAUCACACCCGAAGCCAUGCUUCUGAAACUCAAGAAAGUGAGCUUUCAAGGCAUAACAGGGCAAGUGCAGUUCACCGAAAGUGGUGAUCCCACUUUUUCGUCGUACGAUAUCGUGAACUUUCAGAGACAGGCGGAGAAUUAUGAAAAUGUUAAGGUGGGGACAUGGAAAGGGGGAGCUCGUAUCAACCUCACAAUCAACGACAAACAAAUAAAAUGGACUAAUGAAGAAAGUGAGCCUCCCAUAUCCACGUGCAGUCACCGCUGUCCUCCGGGAACUAAGCAGACGAUCACUGUGUCCUGUUGCUGGGAAUGCAUUAAGUGUCCUUUGGGCUCCAUCAGUAAACAGCAUAGCUCUCCCAACUGUACGAAGUGCCCACAACUACAUAAAUCAAACGUCGACGGUACAGCAUGCUUGCCUUUGCCAGUUAUCAACAUCAAGUGGUCAGAUGUUACUGCCGUGAUAUUUUUGAUCCUAACGGUUUUUGGAUUGCUUGCAACAGGCAUGGCCAUCUUUGUUUUUGUGAAGAACCAGAGUACACCAUUAGUGAGGGUAUCCAAUCGCGAAUUUAGCCUUCUUUUGCUUGUCGCAAUCGCGUUGUGUUUUGUUCUCACCUUGCUCCAUCUUGCUCAGCCCACAAAGACGUUAUGUUGUAUUAUUUAUCCCCUAAGGUACUUUACUGAUACGAACUUUGUUUCCAUCCUCUUCUUGAAGACAAACCGUUUGGUGCGCGCUUUUCAGACCAACAUCAUUCCAAACUGGUUCAAGCGAUACAUCGUGGAUCGCAAACGUCAAUUUCUUGUGGUCUUGGGACUCAACAUAGUUGAAGUUAUUCUGGCAGUGUUGUGGCUAACUCUUGAUCCACCUUACGAGCACCAGGAGAUACGAGUACAGACACAUGUGUUUCACACCUGUAUGCCAUUCAGAUCAGCUAUCGGAAGUGUCCUUAGGGCAACCAUGUUUAGCUAUUUCAUUUUGCUGUCUCUAGUAUGCGCUGGUUACGCCUUUAAAGCCAGGCGACUUCCAGAGAACUUCAACGAAACGAGAUACAUUGGGUCGGCGAUGUACGUGCUCCUGAUUUCCUGGUUGUCAUUUUACCCGGUGGACACGUCCCUGGAAGGUUUUUACACAACCAUUGUGGCCUGUGCCACUGCCAUCGUCACCGCAUAUGGAAUUCUUUUGUGCGUUUUCGUGCCAAAACUAUUGGUCAUCCUGCUUCGUCCAGAGCAAAACACAAACGAGUUUAUGAAAGCUGAAAUUAGGCAGUUCACAAAUAGUGCUACGUUUUCAGCAACAAUCCAACAAGUUGAUGUUCAUCCCACAAACGGGAUUUAA